CCAACUGUACACUCAAUACCUGAUAAGGUGAAGAUUAUAUGUUAAACAUUUGUAAAAAUAAAAGUGUACUCAUUAGCGAUAACAAGCGUCAUUACUUUGCUUUUACACAUACAUAAAAGCCAAUAAAUGCAGCGAUAACAAAAAAGGCUUUGGUUUCGUAACAAAAAUUGGAAAACUUUUAAAAUGUUUUAAAAUAUUAAUGUAACUUAUUUAAGCAUUUUAAUUAUUAAUUGUCUUGUAUUGUAAAAUUUGCAUUAUCAGCAGUCAGUUUUCAGCUCGUAAUAUUUUUGAAAAAGGCGCGCUUUACAUAACCUCGAAAUCGCGCCACAUAACCUCAAACCUACUUUUUGUUACCGCGUAGCCCCGAUUUGUGCCCAGAUGCCCGAGUCAGCGCCUUCUCGCCGCGAAAUCGCCAAAAUCCUCAAACAAGCCCAAUCUGGCGACCUCACAACAAUCACGGCCCUGCAGCAGCGCAGCCCCCAUUUUCACUGGAGCUCCCUCAAGUACCAGGAUUCGGGGGACACCCUCUUGCACUGUGCCGCCCGUUUGGGGCACCUCUCCACCGUCGAGUACUUGCUAUCGUACACCCCCUCAGGCGUCGACUGCAAGAACAACGACGACAAGACAGCCCUCCAUGAAGCCGCUCAGUUCUCCCAGCCGGCGGUCGUGCGGCUCCUGCUCGAAAAAGGGGCGCAAAUUAACGCGCUCAAGCGGGCCGAUUGGACCCCCUUGAUGCUAGCUUGCACGAAAAAGUGUCUCGAGACUGUACGCGUUUUGGUGGAAAAUGGGGGCUUAAUCAACUACUGUAACAAAGACGGGUGGACGUGCAUGCAUUUGGCGGCGCGUGAAGGCAGCGGUGCCAUUUUUGGGUUGUUAGUGGAGAAAGGGGGCGACUGUGGAGUUCGUACUAAUAAUGGAAGGAGUGUGUUACAUGUAGCGGCUUUACAUGGAAGUCUUGAAGUAGUGGAGGUUUUGUUGAAAGUGGGGUUGGAUGUCAAUGCGAGAGACAAUUGCGGGAACACGCCGCUGCAUGAAGGGGUACUAGGGAGGCACGUGGAAGUGUGUCGAAGAUUGAUUGAAAAUGGGGCUGACUUACAUUGUACGAAUAAUGUUGAUUUUAGUUUAUUGCAUUUAGCGAGUAGUGCGGGUUAUAGCGAUGUGGUUGAAUUCAUUGUUAAGGAAUUGGGGUUUGACGUCAAUGUGAAGAAUUGUAAUGGGUUUACAGGGCUGCAUUGUGCCGCUAGGAAGGGACAAAGGGGGACUUACGAGCUUUUGAUUCGUUUAGGGUGUAAAGAAGAUACGCGUGAUCAGUUUGGACGGAUGGCUUUAGAUUAUCUAAACUAGCUUUAUGUUGUAGUAUUAAAAAAAAUGAGACGGUUCUGUGAUAAUGAAUUUAUAAAAUAGAAUAAAUUUGUUUACGCAAUGUU